AUGGAUGUGGAAUUGACAUUAUAAUACCUACCCUCAUAAAUGUAUAUCGAAUAAAUAAACAUCUUUGUUACACUUUCAACUACAGAUAAUUUAAUUUAAUCAGUUAGUAAAGAAACCUAACUUAAAUCUGAACAGUUUAUCUUAUAUCUUUUUAAAUAUGGCUUUUAGGUUUACUUUUAUUAUAUACAAGAUUCGAAUUGUGCAUGGCUGGGAUUGUGAUUAUAUAGAACCAUUAGAUAUUUUAAAAAUCAAAGUUCUUGAUCCUUCAAUAUCUUUUUCUCUUUUUAAAGAGAAAAAACAUUCAUAAGUAGAUUUUAGUCCAUAUUUUUAUGAAGAAUCUCAUAACGAUAAAUAAAUAAAUUUUUAUGAUACGAUGGUAGAUAAAAUAAAAGGAAAUAAAUUAGAUUAUAUUGAAAAGCAUUUAAAUUAAGAAAUAGCUAAUUAAAUAAAUAAAGAAGGUUGGACUUUAUUGCAUUGGAUUUGUUAUUUUGGUAAAAUAGAAAUUUUGGGAAUUGUAUUGCCUUUUUGUAUAGAUAUUAAUUAAGAAACUUUAGAUGGAUGGACUUCAUUAUUGAUAUCAAUUAGAUAAUAACAUAUCUCAAGUAAAGAUGAAUUAAUUAUUUAGUAACUAGGUAUUUGCUAAAUUAAUAAAGCAUUAAUGUGAAUUUAGUAACCUAAUAAAGCAGUGCUCUUCAUUUAGCUUGUAGAAUGGAAAACACUAAAGUUAUAUAAAUGCUACAAGAAAAAGAUGCAGACUUUUUAAUUCAAGAUCGUUAAAAUAAUAAUGUGUUUAAUAUUGCCUCUUUAAAAAUGCAAUUAUUUUUAUUGAGUCUUGUAAAUAAAAUGACAUUAGUUACAGAAAUCUAAUUAUUUUCACAAAUAAAUCCAUUUUUAGCAAAAGGGUCUUAUUUUUCCCCUGGUUCAAGCCCUUGGACUAUUAAAUAAAGAUAUUUGGUAAUUAACCCUUUGGGAGAUCAUCUUAUAAGAUACAAAGAUAGAUGCUAGACUGAAAUUAGAGAAUCAAUUAAAUUAUCUUAAAUAUCUUAGGUUAAUCCUAACUAUACAAGUUUUAAGCUUAAAAAAGGCUUAUUUUAUAUAUAACUUUAAGGAGAAAGUCAUAAUGACUUAAUAAUAGGUUUACCAACAAUUGAUCAUCUAUCAAGAUGGUCAGCCCUAAUAAAAAAAGGUAUAACCUACACAAAAAAUGUUGCUACUGGAUUGUAACUAAACAAUAUAUUCAUUAAAUUAGAAGAAAUCGACUUAGACUCUACUUCUACAAGCAUUCCUCCAAAAAGAGAUAGUUAGACACCAAUAAGAAGGAAGAUUUCUGAUUUAUCCUCUUUGAUGCCUAAAUUAACUCAUUAGAUUCCUAAAUUCAAGGAUUUCGUUUUAAAAUCUCUUCUUAUGAUUGAUUAAAUAAGUUGCAUUUUUAAAGCUCAUUGUGAAUUAGAUGGAUCUACUUAUGCUUUAAAAUGCUUUAAUAAAUAAUUAUUACUAUAAAAUGGACUACUAGGAGAGGCUAUUAAUGAACUUCGUACAUUAACUUCUAUUGAUAAUCCAUAUAUCAUAUCAUUAUAAUAUGCAUUUCAAACCCCAAAUUAUUUAUAUUUGGCAUUUGAAUAUUGUAAUGGAGGUAGUUUAUACUCUAUUUUAAAUUCUUUAGAAAGAAUCACAGAUAAUUAAGCUAAAUAUUAUUUAAGUUAAAUUUUAAUUGCUUUAGAGUAUUUGCAUAAUUAGAACAUUAUUUAUAAUAAUCUUUGUUUAUAAAAUGUUUUAUUGACUUUAAAAGGAAGCAUUAAAUUAAUAGGUCUUUAAAAUUAUGGUUUCUAAUCAAUAUACUAUAAGACUCCUGAAUAUUUAGAUGAAGGAAAAAUUGGAAAAUAUACUGAUUAUUAUUAGUUUGGAAUUUUAGCAUUCGAACUUUUAUCUGGAUGCCAUCCAUUUUAAGGUAAUACUAACAAUUAAAUUAUUUUGGGUAUUUUGACCUGCCAAAUAAGUUAUCCUUAAUAUUUUAGCAAGGUAAAAUUAUUAUUCAAUUAAAGGAAGCAAUAAAUUUAAUAAACAAACUCACAAAUAAAAAUUAUGAAAAAAGAAUAAAUUUUGCAUAAAUCAGAUAACAUCCAUUUUUUUCAAAUAUCAAUUGGGAGUAUAGUUUUUAAAAAUUAAAAAAUCCUAUCAGAUUAAACUAAUUGAGAAAUUAUUUAAAAUUAGAAAAGGUUAAAUUUUUAAAUAUCAUUAGAUUGCAUUUUAAGAUGAGGAUUAUGAAUUGCAUGAUUAGAUUAAUUUUAAAAAGGUUAUCCAAUAUGAUUAUAUUAAAUUUACUUGA